CCGCUGCCCAGCGAAGCGUGCGGCUCCCCGCCGCCCCCCUCCUUCAAGAGGCGCAACGAGAAGAACACGGAAGCCAAGCGGAGGAUGGCUCUGUCCCGGGAGAGGAAGACUGUCAAGACCCUGGGCAUCAUUAUGGGCACCUUCAUCCUCUGCUGGCUGCCGUUCUUCAUCGUGGCGUUGGUCCUGCCCUUUUGUGACAGUAAGUGCUACAUGCCCGAGUGGCUGGGGGCAGUCAUCAACUGGCUGGGCUAUUCCAACUCCCUCCUUAACCCCAUCAUCUAUGCCUAUUUCAACAAAGACUUCCAAAGUGCUUUUAAGAAAAUUAUCAAGUGCAAAUUUUGCCGGCAGUGA